GAGCUGCCGGUGGUCAGGGGGCUGUGAAUCUUAUCUGAUUUUCCAGAGAGGGGUUUGGAGCUGGACUGAAGAGGCAGGGGCAAUAACAGGAAGCGGCCAGAGGAACUGCUGGGCUGAUCACUUUUGCCACUGGAGUGGGCUGAUUGUCCAGUGAACAGCUCAGUGGGAGCUCAGACCAGUUCACAUGCAGCUGGAAACAGACACCACUGACCUGAGACUGAGGAGGAUAUAAUACCACUCAUUUACUGAAGGGUUUUUCGAAUCGAGGAAGACUGCUAAAGGGACCAAAACACCUCAGAUGAUGAAACAGACUCCCUGCAGACAGAUGACUGAGCCUGUCUUCUGGGCAGGUGUCCUGGUCGUUUUAUGUGCCCUCAGCGGAGGAGCUGAUGUCCACCAAGCUCUGAAAAUGCCAUCCAUGUCAAGUAGAGUGCUUCAAAGACAUAAGAGAGACUGGAAAUGGGAUAAACUUUAUGUUACUGAGGAGAAUCCUCCAAAAAACCCGCCUGAAAAAAUUGGAAAGUUAGAUAACACAUUUUUUGAUGCAUCUGCAAGAUAUAUUCUCUCAGGAGAAGGUGCUGAUAGCAUUUUUACUGUAAAUGACAUUGGGGAUAUCAUGGUCAAUGCAAAGGUGGACCGGGAGAAGAAAAGUGUCUACAAUCUGUCAGCUUCAGUCAUCCACAGUACAACCAAAAAACAGCUUGACAAAGACGUCACAUUUAUAGUAGUGGUCUUGGAUAUUAAUGACAAUAGCCCUGUGUUUCCACCUGACAUCUCCGGAUCCAUCAGUGAAUCUUCUCAUGCAGGAUCUAUAGUAAUGACAGUAACAGCAACUGAUGCUGAUGAUCAGAGCACUCAAAAUGGAAUGAUUGGGUACAAACUUCUGAAUGGGACAGAUCUCUUCUCCAUCAACAAUGAAGGUAAAAUCAGAACAGUGACAAGCAUGCUUGAUCGAGAGAAACAGAGUCAGUAUCUAAUUUCUAUACAAGCCAAAGACAUGCCAGAAGUUAGUAAUUCUGGGAAUUCUGCUACUACUGUUGUGACUAUCAACAUUGAUGAUGUAAAUGACAACAUUGCCACCUUCAAAAAAGGAGAAUACCAUUUUAAUGUAAAAGAAGACAGCGAACCUGGAUAUGAAAUUGGCAAGUUAGAAGUGGAGGACAAAGACGAGAUACAAAACAAAGAUCCAUCUUUUACUAUACAACAAAAAUUUGUUGAAAUUUUUGGCAUUAAUAUAAGUAAUGUGAAAGAUGGAAUUCUAAGCCUUAAACGGACUCUCGACUAUGAAACGGAGAAGAUGCACAAGUUUACUGUAAACGUGGUAGAGCGCACAGUGUCUAAAUCACCAGAUAACCAAGGACCCAACCUGCAGACGAGAGCCCAAGUUUUCAUCAAUGUAAUCGAUGUGGACGAACCACCUGUUUUCAGCCAAUCUGAAUACAACUACAGUAUGUACGAGGGCCCAUUCAAAAAUCCAUUCAUUGGAACUGUUUCAGCAAAGGAUCCAGAUAAAAACAGUUACAAAAUACGCUACUCUAUAGAAGACUCGAACUGUCCUGUAGCUGUGGAUCCUGUACAAGGACAUUUGUCUUUAAAGAAGGAACUGGACAGAGAGGACAAAUCCUUAUACACAUUCCAGGUUACAGCACAGGAGGAUGUCCCAAAUGGUCUAAAGUCCUCUGCGAUGGUUAAUCUGAAGAUUCUUGACAUUAAUGACAACUUACCAGAACUAACUAAUCGGAGCUCCGUGUAUGUUUGUGAGAGUGAUGGACCUAACACAGUUAUUGGGAUUGUUGGUGCCACUGACAAAGAUGAAAAUUCAGGCAGGUUCCGUUUCACUCUGGCAAAAUGGAGCUUGAACUUUUCCCUUAUUGAUAAUGAAAAUAACACUGCGACCAUAAAGCUGAAGCAAGGUGGUUUGAGUACAAAGCACUCAGUGGAACAUGUGCUGGAAAUCGUAAUCACUGAUGGAGGGAAACCAGAACAGAAGAGAACUGAGCACCUCCAGAUUAAAGUGUGCACAUGCCAGACGGGUAGACGUGUGGAGUACUGUAAGGCCUACGCCCAGACUGGAAUGAGCUUCAGUGCCCUCUUAGCUAUUCUUCUCUGCAUCGUCACCAUCCUGGUCAUCGUCAUCCUCAUUGUGUUGCGGAAGCGCUAUCAGAAGGAAGUUUUGGUUGCCAAGUCUGCUGGCGAGAUCCACGAGCAGCUGGUGAGAUAUGAUGAGGAAGGCGGUGGAGAAAUGGACACAAACGGUUAUGACGUCUCCAUCCUGUCUUCUGCUUGUCACGACAGCAGCUUUCGGCCUGGCACGGGGCCUUCGCUGUACGCCGUGGUGAAGAAACCCUCUGCUUGUAAAGGUGACAUGGCUAUGAUGAUCGAGGUGAAGAAAGAUGAGGCUGACCAAGACCGUGAUGGGAUUCCUUACGAUACUUUAUACAUCUAUGGCUUUGAGGGAUCUGAAUCCCUGGCCGGUUCCCUCAGCUCUUUGGACUCAUCUUCCAGUGGGUCCAAUCUGGACUACGACUUCUUGCAUGAGUGGGGACCUCGUUUCAGGACCCUGGCUCAGCUCUAUGGAGUAGACGGCUCGGACUCUGAUAGCUCCGAUUGAUCCUACUGAAGGCCUGGGUUAUCAGGUAGCCAUCGUCCUAGGAGGACACAUCAGGAGACUGCUGUCUCCUCUUCAUGGGACUUUUUGUAAGGGUCCCUUUAAGAAAGGGAUUAACAAGUGCCAAUA